ACGGAGCAGGGCCUCCUGCCGUCAGACGUCGUAGCGUAGGGUGUGCUGUAUCAAUAUAGGGUCAAGACAGGAACAAGUUGACGGUGGUGGUGGCGGAAGACGGUGCAGGUCUUCCCGAGUAACAUACGCGUACGCACGUCGACCAUCCGCGAGUAAUGUCAAUGUACGGAAAGAUCGUUCUGCGUAACAUCUGACAAGAUGACCUUAACAGAUUAUAUGUCGAGGAAUAAAGGACCACCGGAAUGGAUCGAAGAAGAUCAGAUCAUAUCGGUUCAAGGAAGUGAAGGCGAGGACAUCAUUGUUGAAUUGAAAUUAGCUUUAUCCGAAAAUUAUGACGACUUACGAUUCGAACUAAUUCGAGAUGGAUUACCAAUUUCAUCGGAUCGUUAUCGAUUAUCGAUGCGAGAAAAUAUCGUGCAACUGGCUUUGAAGCAAACGCGUAAGAAUGAUGCGGGCUACUAUUCUCUGGUAGCAACAAGACUUGGACAAGAAAAAGAUAAAGGAGCCUUGAAAAAAAUCCAUCUGAGCGUCAGCGAACCGAGCUACGAAGAGGGCGAUCCUCCGAUUUUUUUAAGAAGAUUGAGCGAUCUUGCGGUAAAAGUCGGCACCCGAACCAGAUUUCUGGUAGAAAUUCGAAGUUCAACCACUUUGAAGAUAAGCUGGUAUAAAGAUGACUCGCCUAUUUACGAAGGGCCGAGGUUCUCCCUCGUUCACGAGGGAAAUUUUCAUUGCGUCGACGUCGCCCCCGUCACGGUCGAGGAUCAGGGUUGCUGGACUUGUAUGGCGGAAAAUCGUAGCGGAAGAUCCUCGUGCACAUCCAAUCUCACCGUCAUUGUUCCCAAGGCUUAUAAAAAGCCGGAAUUCAUGGAAGAACUUCGCGCGCUGCUCACUGAGACCGGUACCGUGUCAUUGGAAUGCAAGGUAAUCGGUGUACCCACGCCGGUAUUAAGAUGGUUCAAAGACAGCAAGGAGAUAAAGGCCGGUGAUGUGUUCGCUUUGACCGCUAAUGCCGAUGAUCCAACUUCUCUCGGCGUUUAUACUUGCGAGGCGAUCAAUUGCAUGGGAACGGCCUAUUCAUCCUCAAAAGUUCACGUAGUCGGAAGAGGAAGCCGAGAAGGUUCGCUGAAACCAGCGGACGCCUUGGCGCCAUCCGGACCGCUACCGGUAUUCAAGCAGAUACUCCAAGACGAAUGUUGCCGGAUUGGAGAUACCCUCGUGCUAUCUUGCCGCGUUCAAGUACCACCCUGGCCGAAGGCAAUCGCUUGGUACAACAAAGGAGGCCGCGUCGAACUCAGCGACAAGUAUCACAUAAUGGAAGAUGGCAUCGGGGGCUACUCAAUCGAAGUAAAGCAAGUAGAAGCCGUGGAUGAGGGUGAAUGGAAGUGCGUCGCUACCAGCGAAGAGAAUAUGAAACAAUUCACGAGCUGCUACGUAGCAAUGUCUAUUCCGAGGAACUACAGAAAACCGCGAUUUAUGGAAAAUCUGAAAGCAGUCUUGACGGAAGAAGGUCUUGUCUCGUUCGAAUGCAAAGUCGUAGGUUUCCCGACGCCGUUGCUGAGAUGGUUUAAAGAUGGUCAAGAACUUAAACCGGGAGACGUCUAUCAAUUAACCGGAACUAAUUCAUUAGGUUCAUAUUGUUGUAUCGCGAGAAAUUGCAUGGGAGAAGCCAAAAGUACGGCUGAAUUGACUAUCGAAGAUAUCCAGAAUCAAUUAAAUGAAGAAGAACGUUUUCAACUGUUGAGCACUAAUCAGCCACCAAAAUUCAUAAAGGGCCUCAGAAGUUGCGAGGCGAGAAUAAGCGAAGAUUUUCGCUUUACAGUACAAGUAAGCGUUGCACCAGAACCGACUCUUUCUUGGUACAGAGACGAUGCGUUAGUAGACGAAUCUGAUAAAUAUCACGCGGCAAAGGAAAAUCUUGGCACGUGUCAUCUCGAAGUGCGAAAGCUCGAAUUUGUCGAUCAAGCCGAAUGGAAAUGCGUGGCUACAAACGAUUUUGGUCACAGCGUCACUUCCUGCUUUCUGAAACUAAUCAUUCCCAAGCAUUACAAGAAGCCGAAAUUUCUCGAGAGUCUGCGCGCGAUUCUGUCGGAAGAAGGCGCCGUAAAUUUGGAGUGCAAAGUUAUAGGCGUUCCGCAGCCGGUUUUAAAAUGGUACAAAGACAAUGUCGAACUCAAGCCCGGCGAUAUACAUCGAAUCAUUUCCGGGCAAGACGGCACCUGCUGCUUAGGAACGUAUACUUGCGAAGCUAGCAAUUGUAUGGGAACCGUCAGUAGUUCCGCGUCUUUGUUAGGAUUCGAAGAUAAAAAAGAUAUAAAGGAGAUUCAAUCGCCGAAUGGCCAUGAACUGGCGAGAAAUCUAUCGUUGUCAACGAUACACGAGGAGCGAACUUCUCAAUUGUACGAUACGCCGCAAACAGAUCAUUCUGUCACUUUGGACGAGCGAGGCGAAGUGUCCUUCAGCUUUGACGGCAAGGAAGUGUCGGUCAGUCUGUAUGAAACACCUGAUCUUACCGAGGAAGAAGCGCUACAGAUUGUUGAAAUGUACGCCGAUCAGUUGUCCGAGCAUGUGACAGAACACAAUGUGAUCGAGCUACCACCAAUGAGAUUUGUCAAAGAAACGUCCACUUCCGGUAAUUUACUAAUGGAAGCCGUAGUAAUCGACGUGUCGCCCGAUUAUUUCGUCAGCGCGGAAGACGGCGAUGAUUUACGGACGGAAGCCGACUUCGAGGAUGUCUCUAUUUUGGACGAUGUAACGCACGUCCUUUCAUCGCCCGAGCGCGAUUCUCGAGGCUCUUUGAAGAGAUCAGCCCGGUAUAAUGGAGAUGAGGACGAAAAAGCUCCUACCAGGCCACCUCGAAAGAAAUCAACGAGCAUGUCGUCGUCGAAGAGCGAGAAAAGCCAGCGAAUCGAAUCUGAGAGCUUUCACAGCGCUCAGAAAGACGAGCCGCCGUUGUCUCCGCUUUCGUCUUUCAAGCAAGACGACAGCGAUACUUUUGCGGACGCUCUGUCCUCCGCACACCUCUCUAUCACAGAAAGUUUAAUCCAGAGACACAUUACAGCGGAGGGCGGUGUAGCUGACAGCAGAAAGCGCAGUUUGAGCGCGGGAAGAUCAACCGGUUCCAGUCUGGACGACGGUAUCGGCGGUGACUCCUCUUUUGACUCUGUCACUGGUGUCCCGAAAAAGAGGAAGCAACGCAAAAAGAAGCAACGAAAAGCCUCUGGAAGCUCUGAGGAAUAUUCCGGCCCUAGCGACUACGAAGAGAGAGGAAGGAGCAGAUCGAGAGAUAGAGUUGAUGCAAUAAAACAGUAUCAACUUAUAGAAUCAAUUGAUAAUACAGAAAUGAAUGUCAGAAGCGAAAUCGAGCGAGAGGCGGUGAAGGAACUGUUGGACAAUUUAAGAAGCGCGCAGGAAGUCGGCAUCCGUACCUCGGAAGAAAUUCAAGAGCCGAUAGAAGACAUUCUUUUAGAGCCAAGAACAGCUCUGCGCAAAGCGUUGGAGAUCUGCGAAAAAGUGCCCGAUAUUUUAAUACCGCUAUUCUCCAGUAUUUAUGAGCGGAUCGACGAUAUAUAUCGAACACUGGAUGCUCCGCAAGGAAAAGAUGUGGAUAUUGAAACCUUGAUCGAUCUCGAAAGCCCGCUGCAUGCGCUGCUGAAAACAAUUAAUAAAACCACAUCGAAGGAAGACGUAGAAGUUAUUCGCAAUAUUCUCGAACCGUCCAUUGUUCAAUUGUCACACGUUGUCGAAAAUCUCGAGUUAUCAUCUUUGCAGCCUACGUUGGCAGUUUUGAAAAUAAUCAAAAAACAUAUUUCCAGCAAGACGAAGGAAUUAACCCCGACAAAAUCGAUCUCCGAGGAAUCUCGAAAAGUAUCGGAAAAAAUUGUAGAUCCGUUAAUCGACAUCCAAUCGGCGUUUAGCGCGAUCUUAGAUUACAUGGAACAAUCGAAACUUGCGGUGAACGGAACUAGUAGUCCGCAACAAGGAUUAACAGCGCCGGGACUCGCGGCGUGCUUAAUCGAAUUACGAGAGUGCGUGUCUCACAUAGCGCACACCGCGAUGACGCUGAGAGAGAAUGAGACAUUAAAUAGCUUAAUGGAAUUCAGAGAGCCCCUGUUGGAUCUUCAAUUAAUUUUGGCGUCGGAGAAACACGAUAUUCGGGAACUUUCGAUGAUAAAAGAAACAGCCGUUGCCAUUGAAAAAUUAAAAAGCGUUGUUGUAACGAUACUGCAAAAUUCUGCAAAUUCCGAAGCAAUUUCGCGGGUGAAAACAAUUUUCAAAGUACUGGAAGAUACCGAUGAACAAUUGUCAAAAUUAGUGGGGCAGCUAUCAGACGUGAAAGCUGCUGAGAAACACGUAUUAAAGAACCUGAACAUCGACCAAAGUUUAAGUAACGUGCACUUUGCUUUAUCGUCGGUUUUAGAAAAGCAAGAAAAACAUACGGUCUCGUUCCAUUUAAUUACAUGCAUUGAGACGUUACGCCAGACAGUCGGUUCUUCGGCCGUUAUAAUUGCGAACUUGAAGAAUCCAGUCGACGAUGAGAUAACUCGAGAAAUUAGUAAAUUGAACGAAUCGCUGCUGGAUCUGCAGAGAGAUUUAUUAACAGAAAAACACGAACCAGGAGAGGAGCAUAUUUUAAAUAACUUGAUAAAUCCUAUCAGUAUAUUGAGAGACAUAAUUCAUGGCGUAAUUGAAAAUAGCUCUUCAAUCGAAACAAUAACGCCCAUGUUGGAAUUGUUGGAAGAAAUAGAGAAGGAUGUAACUCUUAUAGCAAAAGAAAUAUCGAAGAAAAAAUCUCAAGAAGCACGUGCUACAAAAUCUCAAAAAGAACAUGCGGAGGAAAAAAGUAGCUCGAAAUCCAUUCUCGCUGGUCGAAUCAGUCAUUCUUUGGAUCCCAUUAAACAUUGGUUAUCCAGUGCAUCCGAAGUUAGUACAAGAGACGAGAUGCAAUCUGCACUGAGCUCAACGAUCGAGGAAUUGAAGAGAGAUGUGACUCAGAUUGCCAUUCAAACGUCAUAUUCUGAGCCACCAAGUGACGAAAGCUUGAUAGAAGCACUGAUUGAUCUUCGGGAACCACUAAUAAGGCUCAAAAACGCCAUUUCUGAAUACAACGGGCCGGAAGAUCUUUCGACUUUAGAAAACUUGAGUCAGCCUAUAAAAUAUCUUUUGCAAACCGUCAUGGACGUUCUUCGUGAACAUCCGAAAGAGGAGUCUCUACGGCCGAUAGCAGAUAUCGUUGAACAGAUCGACAAUCAAAUACCGAUUACGAUCAAAGAUGCUCUUUACGAGCAAGAACUUAAACAAUCUGUCCAAAUAGCCAAUGUGGAAACGGAAGAAGAAGAAGAGGCCAUUACAGCGUCUCGAGAAACAAUUCCAGGCACUUUGACAGAAAUUACGUCUACAUCGUUUGAGGCUGAAUCGAUCGCAUUGCCUGUUGAACAAGCCGUAACAGAAGAUACUUCCAAAAAACUAGCUGAGGAUGUCGCUUUACAGACUGUAAAGGACGAAAAGCGAGAAAAAGAGGAGAACGCGAAAAAAUUAAUCGCAAUCUUGUCAGAAACCUUGGAAAAAGUUCAACUGGAGAUGACUGGUGUUUUGGAAGAUUUUGAGGAAUCGACUGCGCGAACUACUGCGAUCCCUCAAUCGAAAUUGGCUAAUUCCCUCGAGGAGUUAAGAAGAACCGUUUCCACAAUACGCGUAAUGACCGUCUACGGCGAAAAAAUUGAGUCAUUUGAAGAAAAGGUCAAUCAGACAACUCUUGUACUAACCAAUUUAAUGCAGCCGCUCACAAAUAUAAAAGAGCUUCUCUCCAGACCGCACGAGCACGACGUUCCGGAACUUAUGAUAUUAAAUCGGCUCACUCCGUUGUUGAACACGAUAGAAAACAACGUGAUAAAACAAACAGUCGAUUUCGUCGGUAGAAGCGGAGAUGCAGAAAAAGAAUUCGAAUUACUUUUGUGCGUGCUGAAGGAAAUCAAAGAGGAAGUCCCGAUCGUAGUUCAAGAAAUAUCAUCGAGGCGAAAAAUUUUAGAAUGUCUCUGGGACAUCUCGAAGCCUCUGGAAAGCAUUACAGAGCGUAUGAACGAUUUGGAAAAAACAGCGGAGGAAACCCUCGAGGCAGACGUCGCGAAAAUUUUAGGAAAACCAAUCGCCACUGUGUUGAAAGACAUCAAGACAGCUAUUCAAGAAGUAAAUGUACUUGAUCGACGUGGACCAAUGGUUCUCGAAUUGCGAAAUCUUCUCGAACCCCUGCUAGAAUUUCAUAGCUGUCUUUCAAUGGUACAAAGCAGUCGAAGAAGCUUGGUUCCUGAAACCGCUUUGUUAGAAGAAAGGAGAAGCGUUAUUCUACGAGCGGUUGAUGAUUUACGAAAGCAAGUUUGCAACACUGUCGAAGUGAUAGCGAAUAUGGAAGAAGCCCUCUUAUUCAAUGAAUCUUUGACGUCGCUCAAUUCCGCGAUUCUGCAGGUGCAAAAACAGAUUGGCAAAACCGAUUAUUCGCGCCGAUCUAGCAGCGUCAAGAUCCCUCUUCAACAUCGACUUAGCGGAACGUUGAAUCGUAUAGCGAGCGCUAUAAUAGCUUUAGAAGAGAAUGCUGAUAGAAAUACGCACAAAAUAGUAUCUAAGUGCUUGGAGGCGUUGCAGAAACAAAUCUCCUUUACGCAAAUACAGUUCAUUCAGCUUGGCACAGAGCCGAUUGACGAAGAGGCAAUCAUAGAAGGUUUCCUUUAUCCAACUAAUCAACUUUUGUCGGCGUUAAACAUUCUCAAAGAGAAUACGCAGGAAACCCCUUCGGCGAUUUCGCAUGAUUUAAUAAUUCAGCUUCAAGAACUAGCCGACUCUGUCUCAGAACUGAGCUCGUCUUUGUCGGCGCACAAAGCGGAACUUGUUCAAGAAGGCGCUUCUAAAGGAGCACCGAUUAUCGAAACCUUUUCCGCCGUUAUAGACGUUUUAGACCACGUAAACGAUUCUAUAAUGACCAUCGAGAAAGCCAAAGUCGAACAGAAUGCAAGCAUGGUCAUCACGAAAGUGGAAAGUGUCACCGAUGAGGUCGUAGAGAUAUCGCAAGAAGAAAUUGAGAGCGUAAUGACGAUCACGGAAAUACCAACAUCUAAAGCAGUGGUUCAAGAAGUCACUCAAGCAGAAAUUGCAGAUACACCUACAGCGACACAAAUACCAAUUUUGGAAAAUCUAGAAGCAGCGAAUCGUCUUGAACAAACAGAAGACAGUUUGGCGGACGUGAAAAAGCACGAGAAGAAUCAACAAGAAAACGAAGAGCAAAAGCAUCUGACAACUCAGAUGUCAAAGUUCAAUUCUGCAAUAAGUAAUCUACCACAGCCAUUACGAGAACUGGCCAAUUUCGUGAAAUCUGCCGCGCAAGAAUCACUGGUUUCAAAAGCCGAAGAGGACAGGCGGAAAAUACAAGAGCUAACAUCACUGAUCCAAAUUUUUUACGAUCUACAAGCGACAAAUAGUUCCAUUAAGACGAUAUUAUCUGCUUCGUCUAUUCAGUUACUCGAUAGCUCAUUUUUUCGUAUGAAAGAUAUACUUACUGAUUUAGAACAAGCUGUCGAGACGAUCACUUCUUCGGCUCAAGAAGGAGUGAGACCGGAAUUAAAGGAGAAUAUCAUGACAUUAUUACAAUCCUUUGCUGAGCCUUUAGACGCCCUUAAAAAUGUAUUGGCAUCCAUAUAUCAGACGAUUGAUGAAAAUAAGAAUUUUGACAAAAAAGAAGAGUUAUUAUCUGCAAUUGCAAAAGACUUAAUACCAUGCAUUAAUGAUACCGUUAAAUCUCUAAACACGAUUGAAAUAUCGAAACGUGUUACAAUUGCUGAUGAGAGAGAAACGGAAAUAUCAAAAGUAAAAGAAGAAGCAAAAGACAUCGAAGAAAUAACUGCACGGCCUUUGGAAGAACUCAUAGAAGCUAUUAUGGAUUCUCAGGAACAGGUAAAAUGCGACAAGACCUCACCGUCUAGUUUGCCUUCUACAGACGCGAUUGAUUCGAAAGAUAUUGACGAUUCAAAAUCGAUGGAGAAAACAGAAUUAAAUAAAUCAUUCGCAGAGAGAUCAGCAACAGAAGAUAAAAUAGAGACACCACCGCAGAUAACUUCUAGCCAAACCGAAGAAUUAAUAGUCGAAAAGAAAGAAGUGAUACAAUUAGCAGAGGAAUCUUUGGAAAAAGUUGAGGAACAAAGUGUUGCAACGAUUGAUCAGCAAAAGACAGAAUUAGUUCAAUUAUCUGAAACUGAUAUUCAGGAAAACCGAGUAAAAAUUGAAACUUUGCAAGCGAUCAUCUCUCCUCUUCAAAUAUUGCAUGAAUCAUUUAACGAAAUCGGAGAAGUGGGAGUUUUGGAAUCUAUCGACGAGAAAACAGUUUCAUUCUCGACUCUAAUAGAACCGUUGUUAAAUUUACAGCUUGCAUUACCGUCCGAAAAAGCCGAAGAAAUAAAACAAGACACAGUGCCGUUACAAAAGUUAAAUAUUGUGUGUGUUUUGGAAGAAUUGCAAAGAUCAAUUGCAACAGUUCGAGAGCAAGUGCAGCUUAAUACCGCAGCCGAGGUCGGUGAAUCAUCGAAGAUACGUUUAAUGCAAGCUGUCGAGAAACCAUUAGAAGAUUUAAAAAUGUCAGUCGCUUGUAUUCAAUCUGAUCCAACAACUUAUCAACUUAUUCAGGACGCGGAAUUUUUAAGCGCUGAACAGAUUGCAGUUCUGCAAACUCUUGCCAAAUCGGUGGAGCAAUUUGGAGAAAAAUUCGUGUGUAUUAUCGAUCAAUUAAAAGUAGAAGCAGAAUCUGCGCCGCCAUUGCAAAUCGUUGAGCAAGAAAAACAGAAACUAGAUUCGGAAAUUGUACAUAAAAUCGUUGAUCCGAUUCAUGUUCUACGCGAAACACUUUCUGAAAUUGAAGAGCUCAACAGUCAAAAAGCAGAAUUAUUAGAAAUACCAGAACAAAAAAGAGACGUUGUUCAAUUGAGUGCGGUGAUGGAGCCUCUGGAGAAACUCGAACGGUCACUAAUGACAGGUAUACAACAGAUUACAAUUGCGCAAGAAGAAGUUACAAAGGAACUUGGCGAAAGUCAAGCUCCGUUGACAAGCGCGAAUCUAAAGCCCGUGCUGGAAGAGCUGAAAAAUUCGAUCACUGUAGUCCAGCAGCAAGUCUCCAGCGAAAAUAUUCUAGCGGCAAAAACAUUGAACGAAGCUCUCGAAAGCUUGAAAACGCCAUUAGCAACUGUCGAGGAAAUUGUCGAUCAUUUCGACGAAGUUACUGAAACUGAAAAAGUAUCGACUUUGCUAACGUUUGCGAAAUCGGUUGAAGAAACAGCGAAUCAACUGGCGAUUGCAGCUAAGCAAGAUAUAACGCAGCCAGAAAUUCGGGAAACUUCUUUGUUGAAAACGAUGACUAUUCCAAUAGAAGGACUGCAGAGUGCUAUUCUGAAACUCGAAGAUCGAGUAUCUCAAGCGUUGGAAGCAAAGGAAGCAGUGAAAAUCGUCGCUUUAGAAUGUAUGGUACAACCGCUGCAAGAGUUACAGCAAUCUUUCUUAACCGCAUCUCAUCAAGAAAUCGCUCUAUCUCUGCAACGAUUGCCAAUCAAGCCGAUAUUGGACAAUUUGAAUAAAUCCGUGGCCGUGAUUCAAGAUCAAGUUAUGAUUGUCCAGGAUAAUUUACUUGCGGAGGCGAAUGCAGACGACUUGGCGAUACUUAAAGAUUUCGCGAGGUCUCUUGGUAAUUUAAGGACAUCAACGGUAGUCCUGCAACAGCUGAAUGCAAUAGAGAACGCUGGUCAACAGAUUGUGGAGAUAGAAAACGCGUCCGCGCUGCAAGCGUUCGCGAAAUCCAUUGAAGAGUUCAAAAAGUGUUGCUCGCUUACUGUCGAACGGCCUAGAAUUAUCGACGCUUUCGCGACAAGCGCGGAACUCAAACAACCGACCAAAGUAGACGCGCAGCUUCUUGAAAAUAUUAUCGCACCUUUGCGGAUAUUACAAGAGCAGAUUUUGAUCAUCGAAGAGACUAAAAUGCAAGAAUCCGAGGUCUUAGAUGUUGCGGAAACGAGGAAACCAGCUACUGUGUUAAGCAGUCUGGUUGGUCCCUUGCAACAACUUGAGAAAUCUUUUGUCGCAACGGUGCAGAAAGAGCACGUAAUUGAACACGAUGGACACAGUCUAGCGACCGAAUUGUCUUCUCUGAACUUGGAAGAGCUCGCUCUGCGACCUAUUCUUGAGGAAGUGCAAAAGUCAAUCGCGACUGUUCAAGAGCACGUAAUAUUAGAAGCAGGAAACCAGAUCACAUCGGAAGCCGAUACUAACGCUCUGCUGAAAUCGAUCGCGCAGCCUUUAGUGGAUUUGAGAGCUUCAAUUGCGUCUAUUCAGCAAGUGACCGCAGUUGCGCCUGAUUCCUUAAACGAAAUCGCGCAACAACAAAAUGUUUCAGCAUUGGAAACGUUCGCCGAAACGCUUCAUAAUUUGACGGAACGCAUAGCGAUGUGCAAUCAUCAGCAGAUAAUUAUGGAACCCGCCGAUACUAUUUCCGAAGGCGCUUCGUCCUUGAAUACGUGGGCGGACAUGAUUGAGGAACCUUCUUCAAAAAUCACGUGUCCAAUGAUAAUCGAUCAGGGCGCGAUUGAGUCGCCAGCCGAAGUCGCAGUGUCGAUCUCGGAAGAUGAAGCUUCUGCGUUGAAAACGCUAGCGAAGCCUCUGACCGAAUUACGAGAAUGCUUAGCUGUGAUCGUCGAUGAGCAAAAAAUAGUCGCGCCGAGCGAUACAACGACUUCUUUAUCGGAAAAGGAAAAUAUCUCGCUGCUGAAAACAAUGAUACAGCCUUUGUUAGAGUUAAAAGAUGCAGCUGCUGUAAUUAUUGAAGAACAGGCGGCUAUCGAACGCGCUAAUGAAAAUUCAUUUGCUGUCGACGGUAAAAAUGAAUUUGUCCUUUGUCCUUUGAUGGAGCCACUCGAAGAAUUGCGCCAUUCGAUCGCGAUAAUACAGGAUCAGAUGUUGAUUGAAACACCAACGGAGAGACCGAAGACUGAUGUCAUAUUAAACGCACUGGCUGAGCCUCUGUUCGAUCUCCAGCGCGCUCUAUCCGUUUUGGAAACACGAGUAAUGUCGCCGGAUGUUCAGUCGAUGCCCGAAGACACGAGCAACAGUUGGAUUACGGAAUGUCUAGCGAUUCCUCUACACGAAAUAGAGAAAUCCAUAGCUGAUAUUCGACAAUGCACGCUAAUGGAACCUGAACCUAUAAAUGUGGAAGAGCAAAGAAAAACUGAAACAUCGGACUGGUCGAUUGUCGAGAAAUUGGCAAAACCAGUGGAAGGCAUUAAAUCAGCCCUGUCACGAAUGGAAGAGAACUCUACCGCAGCUAAAGCUCUCAAAACUAUGACAGAACCACUUAUUAAUGUACAGGAGAACUUAUCGUUAGUAAUAAACAAACAUAACUUAAGUACUGGCGAGGAAGACAGUAUCGAUGCUGUUGUCGAGUCCUUUUCCAAUCUUGAGAAUCGCAUUUCAGUUGUUAAGAAAGAAAUUGUCGACAAACCAACGGUGGAUUCUACUUUCGCCACUCUUAAUGCACCAUUAACCGAAUUAAGAUGUUGCAUUGUGGCUGUAAAAGAAUCGCCAAGCGUGUAUCUGAAAGAUUUGGAGGAAUCGUUGGAACACGUGCAGAAUGCUUUCGAAACAGUUUUAUCCGCGCAACAAAAUAAAAAGUUUUCAGAAUUAUCGACGAAAGUAUCGAAUACUAUUUCCGAUAUUAACAAGUCAAUUGAGUCUGUUGAACACAAACUGGAGCAACAACAAGAGUCGGUGAUUGAAAUUCACAUCGAGUGCCAAGCGCUCGUAAUGUUAGCAAAACCUUUACAGAAUAUUAAACAAUGUAUCACACAGAUACAAGAGAAACCGAACACUGCCAAUUUGAUGAUUAGCGCUCUCCAAAAUCUCGAUAAAUCUGUCGCUAUAAUACGAGAGCAAUCAGCUGAUAAACCACUGGCGGAACCGCCACAUGUCGAUGCUACGAUAGGUGUUUCGAAAAGUUUAAUACCAUGCUUAUAUGAGUUGCAAGAAUCGAUAGAAGCGGCAAAAACGUUAUGGUGUGAGGAAACAGUAUUAGAAGGAUUAAUAAUUCUUGAGAAACCGAUUUGCAAACUGCAAACUAUGAUAAACAUUUUGUGUGAUCAACUUUUGUUAGAAGAGGCGAUUUGGACAUUAGAUGCGGCACCUAAAAAGAAAUCUGUAAAGAAAAAGUUAAAAGAAUCUGAAAUUGAAACAAGUGUCGAAAAAGACGAUAAAACAGAUGAUAUAAAAGUGAAAACAGAAGAAAUUAAACCGGCAAAAGAUGAAGACGUGUCUAUAAUAAUUAAUGACGUAAAAGAUAAAGAAGAUAAGAAAAAAUCAGAAAAAGAAGAGGAAAAAGUAGAACAAAGGAAAGAUCAAAAAGAUGAAAAAUCAAUAAAAAAAUUGGAAUCGCAAAAGGAUGAUAAAUCUACAAAGGAAAAGGAGGAAUUUAAGGAGACAGAAGAGCAUCAAAAACAAAAGGAAGAGAUUAUUCAAAUAAAAAGUAAAGAUGAGGAAGUAAUUGAAAAGAAAAAGGAAGCAGUUGAAAAAACGCAGAAAGAGAACGAGGAACAAACAAAACGCGAAAAAAGUGAACAAAAAGUAGAACAAAAUGAGAAAAGUAUUAAAGAUAAAAAAAUACAAAAAGAUGAAGUAGAACGUCAGAAAACAGAAGAAAUUGAAAGAUUAAAAAAACAAGAAAAAGCUGAAAAAAUAACACAAAUUGAAAAACAAGAUGAAAAAACAGAUAUAGCUGAAAGCGUACGAAAUGAAAUGGAAGAGUCUAAGAAAAUCAUAGAAGUUGAUGAAACUAAAAAAGAAAAAGAUGAAAAAGUGGAUCAAAAGAAAGAGGAAAAAAUUAUACAAGAAAAGAAAAAGCCAGAUGAAAGAAAGGAAGAAAACCUAGACAUAAAGGUAAAAGAAGCAGAAAGUAAGACAACGCAAGAAGUCAAAGAAACAGAAGAAAAAGUGCAAUCAAAACAAAAGAAAGAGAUUGAAAGAAUAGAAAAGACAGAAGAACAAAAAGACGUAAAAGAUAAAGACACAAUAAAAAAAGCGGAAGAAAUGACAGAGCAAUAUAAGAAACAGGAUAAAACUGAAAAAAUACAGGAUGAGAAAGAAAAACAAAUAAAAGACGAAGCAAUUGAUAAAGCGCAGCAAAAAGAACAGAAAGGUAAACGAGUGAAAGAAGCUGAAAUAAUAGAAAAAGAAAAAGACAAGCGCGAUAACGAAGCGGAAACUAAAGAAAUAAAGAAAAAAGAGGAACACAAGAUUAUCGAAAAAAAUGCGAAUCUAGAGAUGGAACAAGAAGAUCUUAAAAAUAAAAAAUAUGAACCUUUAAAACAAAAUAAAGACAAGAUUAAGAAAGAUAAGAUUCAGAAAGAAGAAGAAGUUGAUAAACAAUUGAAAACAGAAAAAAUACAAAAGCAACAAGAUCAAAAAGAAAUAAAGGAAGAAGAGAAAGAGCAAAAGAAACAGGAAAUAAAAGAAAAAGUGAAAGAGGAAGAAGACAAGAAAGCAAAAAGCAAAAAAGUUGAAGAUCCGGAAACAAAGAAAGAAAAGUCUAGUAAAGAGGAAAAACCAGCACAAGAUAAAAUAACAGAAGAGGACCAAAGGCGACAGGAAGAAGUGGAAAAAUCGAAGAAAAAGGACAAAGAACAAAAGAAAAAGGAAACAAUAGAAAAAAUAAAAGAGGAAGAAAAGAAAAAAGACGAAAAAAUUGUAGAAUUAGAAAAACAAAAAGAAGAAUCUAGUAAAAAAGAAAAACCUGUAGAAAAGAUAAAAGAAGAGGAAAAAAGAAAGGAUGAAACUAAAAAAUCGAAGAAAGAAAAUGAUGAACAAAAACAGAUAACUCAAAUUGAAAAAGCAAAGGUAACAGAUGACGGUCAAGUAAAAACAAAAAAGGAUAUACAAGAGGAUAAGGAAAAGACCACGCAAGAAAAAGAUAAACGGGAAGAUAGAAAACUAGAAAAAGAAAAAGAGGAAAUAAAAAGGAAAAAAGAGGAUACUGUUAAAACUGAAAAAGAAAACGCGGUGGCGCAACAACCGCAAAGUGAAUACAUAAAUGACGUAAAGAAAGAAUAUAAAGAAGUAAAAGAAGAUCGAGAACAAGAUAAAAAGACACGUCUAAAUCAAAAGGAAGACGAAAAACUAAGCAGGAAAAUUCAGGACAUACAAUUAAAAGAAGAUAAAGGUUCGCAUUUAAAGUUGGACGAGGAAAAACAAAAGGAUAGGAGAAUACUUCGUAGGCAACAAGAAGAGAGCAAAUCGCAAUUUAAAGAAAUGGAAAGAGAGAAGAUGCAGAGACAACAGAAAUCUCAAGACGACGAAAAUUGGUUGCGCACAAGACAAGAAAAGCAUAUUAACAGAGGUGAAUACAGAAUACAGAGUGAAUACAGAGAUGAAUACAGAAUUCAAAAAGAGGAAACCGAUCGUCAAAAAAGAUAUGAUGACAGCAGGCUUCGUCAAAUAGAAAUAGAGCGUUCGGAAGAGAAAAGAGCCGUCGGGCGAUCCAGAAGAGAAGAGGCCGACUAUGUGUUUGGAGCAGAUAUGGAAAGAUUACAGAAAAGAAGCGAGGAAACGAGAAUCAGGAGAGAUGAGACUGCUAGAUUAUUACGGGAAGAGGAACAAAGAUUACGAAAAAGACAAGAUGAGGAGAUAUUGAGAAACAAACACAGAAGGGAGGAACAAAGAAGAGAGAAUGAAUGGUCCAGAAGACGUGAAAAUGAAUCCGAUCGCUUUCUUAAGAAUAUGUUGGAGAGCAAAUACAGCUUCGACAAAUCGGCUUCAAUGUUUUUCGACGCCGACUAUUCGACUCGAGAGUAUACUUCUUCGUAUGACUCUGGCAUCUCAGGGCUUUCUAGCACUUCCAGAUCAUACAGCUGGAGAGAUUCCUUGACAUCGUUAAAUAGAAGAAAAAUCGACGAUUACUGGGAUUAUAAGUUACGCGGAUCUUUCAUGGAUAAAUAUUACUUCGAUACAGGAUCGUCAUACAGAAGGCGCAGGAAAAGAGAAAACCGCAUGAUUCGCGCGAGAUCAAUUAGUUUAUUGAAGUACGAAGAUUACUCGACUGGCGAUAGCGAUUCCACUAUUGUGCCGAGCACACACAUCCGGCCUGUACGAUACACAAAGGCAGAGACUAUCUCACGUAUCAAUCUCGAUACUUACGACUCUAGUUCGUCCAGUUAUACUUCCGGUCACAGCCGAAGCGAGAUUCUUCCGUGGGACAAACCAAAAAAACCAUCUUUCUGCACAAGAUUAACAAACAGAGUCGUAGGAGUUGGAAUGAGAAUAAGACUGACUUGCACCGUUCUCGGUAAUCCAGAACCACGCGUGUACUGGACAAAAGACGACCAAAAAUUAGAUGCCACAGCUGGUCGCUACAAAAUGCGAUACGAAAAUGGCAUGGCUUAUUUGGAAUUACAUGACGCACUUCCUGCGGACGCCGGGAUAUAUACAUGCGUAGCUGAAAACGCGCACGGCACUUCGUCCACCGAGUCUACCUUGAGAGUCUACUCCGACUAUAAACUUACGCAUUCACCUCCAACUUUCGUAAAGUCAAUAAAAGACACUUAUCGAUACUCCGACCAUAAGCUCAUUCUGGAAUGCCGUGUAAGAGCACAUCCGGCUCCUUUGAUUUCGUGGCUAAAAGACGGAAAGAUUCUUCAGGGCGAACGUUACAAAUCGAGCUAUCUCGAUGACGACGUGUAUCGAUUAGAAAUAACAGAUCCCAAUGUCGCAGAUAAUGGACAAUACACGUGCCGCGCGGUAAACGAGUUACAUACGGAAGAAAUAUCUCAUAUGGUUCAUGUUGAAGAUUGGCAAUCUGCGAGACAAAACGUUCGACGAUAUGGGGACGAAACUGGAUCAGAGAUUGUGCGAAGGCCACGAUUUUCCAAUAUCCUAAGCGAUCACUGUGUAACUGCUGGCGGGACCAUCGCUCUUCAAGUAGAAGUUAAAGGUGUACCAGCUCCGGAAGUGAAAUGGCUACGCGGUGAUCGAAGGGAACCGAUCGCGAUACCAAAGGCAAAAACUUUUGUCGAGCGUGGACUGCAUACGUUAAUUGUACCCGAAGCGACAGAAUCAGAAAGAGGUACAUACGUGUGUAGAGCGAUUAAUGCUUACGGACAAGUGGAUACAAGCGCGACAGUGGAUAUAAUAUCAACGAGUGCUAUUGAUGGGGGAAAACCGGCGAUAUUCGCUUCGAGACCGUCUAAAAAAUCGAUUGAUGUAACCAUUGGCGAAGACGUCAGUAUAUCGUUCCGAGUCAGCGGCACCCCUAAGCCGCGAGUAAUAUGGAUGAAAGGAUUGACGGACAUUACGGACGGACCGAGAUCGUACAAGGAGAGUAUCGAUGAUUAUGUUAGAUUAACAUUAAAAAGAGCCAUACCUUCUGACGAAGGAACCUACUGCAUUCUGGUCAAAAAUAGAUACGGCUGUGAUAGAAGCUUCUUCUCAAUUAAGGUGAAGCAACGUGCCAGGUCGUUGACCCCAUCGCCAGAUUGGAAUUCCGUUACCGAGCGUGACGUAGAAGAACAUGAUGACGACAUGUCUUACGUGAGAAACGUGCCCGGUCCAAUUAGUAGCGAACCCGUCGCUAUAGACGGCGGAAAAAAUUGGCUAUCACUGACUUGGGGUAAAGCGGAAAGAAGAGGACCCGCGCCAGUGAUCGCGUAUAAAAUCGAUGCUUGGCUCUUAGGCGGUGACGGAGGCGCACGAUGGGCAGAGCUGGGAAUUACACCGAUCAACGCGUUCGACGCGUUCAAUUUACGGCCAGGCGGAGAAUACAAGUUCCGCGUAACACCGCGAAAUCGUUACGGAUGGGGCGAACCAGUUACCAUGACAAAUUCGGUGUUGGUGAGUGAAAGUACCGACCUUCCGGAAUUUACGAGGAUUCUGCCAGGUCAAUUAAAGGCUCUCGAGGGAACGCUCGUAAAAUUGGAAUGUGAGAUCCGCGGUGAUCCUAAGAUGGAAGUACGAUGGUACCGCGAGUCAACGGAGAUUGAUCCGCGUAACGAUUCAAGAUUCGCAAUAUAUUACAAUGGUUUUAAAUGCUCUUUGACGAUUACGGACGUGAAAGAGAACGAUUCCGGAAGAUACGUAUGCGAGGCGAGCAACAAAAUCGGUAAAAUGUCGUCGUUUGCCAGGGUCUUCGUUGUGACAAAUCCAAAGAUUAUUGAAGCCGAUGCAAAACUCAGAACAACAAGUAUGAGCAUCGAACCGGAAGACAGACCGCCACAAUUCGCCAUGAGACUGCGAGACAGACGAGUGCAAACGACCUAUCCGGUAAGGCUUACUUGCCAGGUCAUCGGAUAUCCUGUUCCGGAGAUCACGUGGUACAAAAAUGGAGCAGAGAUAGUUCAAGAUGAUCAUCACAUCUUUUGGGAUGACGAUGCGAAUUUUCACACUCUGGAAAUAAUUCAUUCCACUCUGGACGACUCCGGAUGUUACAUGGCGACGGCGAGAAACAUAAACGGCUCGGUAUCUUGCCGUUGUACUCUUAUAGUAGAUAAGGGAAUUCGGGCUUACAUAGCUCCGGAAUUUCUUCGCGGUCUCGACGCGGCUUAUACGAUUCACUCAGGCGGGGAACUACGGAUGUCUGCACAACUCGAGGCUUAUCCGAGCGUCGGCGUCGUCUGGCAUCGCGACGGUAUUCGUCUACGACCUAGCAGAAGGGCCGUGAUGACAUUAAGUCACGAUGGCACCGUCCAAUUUUCUCUGGCCAAUGCUAUCGCGCGAGACGCCGGAGUUUACAGUUGCACCGCAACGAAUGUGGUCGGUCAUGCUGAAACAUCCACCAGAGUAGCUGUUAUCGAGUCCCAGGAUCAAUUAUCCAUCGAUGGACCACUCGAUAUCGCGAUCACAUCUCCGGAUAUACCAUAUUCGAAGGAACCUCUUUUCGUCACGAAACCAUUAUCGACCGAAGCAGUCGAGGGCGAUACGGUCGUCAUCCUCUGCGAAGUUGUCGGCGAUCCUAAGCCAGAAGUGAUAUGGUUACGCGACUUUCUCAAGCCCGACUAUUACAAGGACGCGCCUCACUUUCGGUUGGUGGGUGCAGGGCCACAAUAUCGGUUGGAAAUACCUUACGCCAAGAUCGAUUUUACUGGCACGUAUUCCGUGAUAGCCCGCAACUGCCAUGGGGAAGCUAAAGCUGUAAUUUCUUUACAAAUUUAUGCCAAAGGCCAAGGCAAAGAGGAGCAAACGCAAAAGUCUUCUCACGGAAAAGUGCUGACCUUGCCAAUCGUAAAGAGAGAUCUGCGAGAUCUUAGGUGUUGCGACGGCGACGCUGUUUCUUUAGAGUGCAAGGUUUACGCAACGCCGGAACCGCCCUUGGUUCGUUGGGAACGAGGAGGCAAAAUUAUAGCUAUGGUGGGCGAUUUUGCCUCUGAUUUCGACGGUGAAACAGCGCGAUUAAGCAUCCAGCACGUUUAUCCCGAGGAUGAAGGGGAGUAUACAUGUGUGGCAUACAACGAUCUUGGAAAAGCGUAUACAUCAGCCUGUCUAGUCGUGGAUGUGCCUGAAGGAAAAGAAAAUAUACUGAACCAAAGGUUGACGAGGCCAGUGGGUCUGCUGUCAGCAGGAUCGACACCGAGAUCAACACCAAGGUCGACUCCAAUCAGAAGCUUGUCCCCGGCAGUCCCUCACGGACGUGAACUCAGAUCGCCGCAAGUUCUGCCGCGGAGCGCCACGUCGAAACGUCCGAAGGUCUGCCCGCCGAAAUUUUACGCGGUGCCGCACAACCGCCUGGUCCAGGAAGGUGAAACUGUGCGCUUCCAGUGCGCCGUGGUUGGUCAUCCCGCGCCCUGGGUAAGAUGGGACAAAAACGGCACCAUCGUAACACCAAGCGCGAGAAUCACCAUCAAGGAACGGGAUGACGUUAAGAUCCUCGAGAUAAUCGACGUGAUGCGAGAGGACGCCGCUCUCUACAGAGUGACGGCGGAGAAUGAUUUCGGGCGGAUCGAGGCCAGUGCUCGACUCGAAGUAAUAAAUCGAUAUGAGUCGACGAGUCGGACUAUCAGAACACGAAGCGCUUCACCUAGAACUUAUCCGACAUUCGAUCGCAGUCUUCUUUCGACCACCAGCAGAGUAAACGGACGCCUGCAACUGGAGUGUCGCGUAAGAGGAACGCCGACCGUAACGCCAACGUGGCACAGAAACGGACAGCCGUUGGAACGUUCCGCUAGAAUAAAAAGAUAUUUCGACGGUACGACGGCCAAAAUCGAAAUAACAAAAGUGAAAGCUAGUGACGCGGGUGAAUACACUUGUGUGGCAACCAAUGUCCUUGGGUCAACGAGGAGUACUUGUCAGGUAACUGUACUAAAUAACCAUAAUUCAUCUAUGGCGGACAAGAGUGCACCGCGAUUUCUGCAAUUGUUGCCGGAAGAAUCGAUUGUCAUGGAGAAUCAUUGUCACGAAUUUCAGACUGGAGUCACAGGCACACCUCCUUUCACAGUCGCUUGGUGUAAAGAUGGUCGCGAAUUGCCUGACAAUGAUUGUUAUAAAUAUAUCAUAUAUGGAGAUGGUGACGUUGCUCUGAGAUUAUCUGAGGUUCGUCCUCAAGAUGCAGGCGAAUAUACCUGUGUCGUACGAAAUGAUUUCGGUGUCGCAUCCUGCAGUAGUCUUUUCGCUGUGCAAGACUACAAAGACGCUUCCAAAUUGGCACCGCAAUUUACAAAAACUCCACUGUCAACUGUCGUCGCUAAAGGCGCCACUGCUUGCUUUUGCGCUCGAGUGCAAUCUGGAAAAACCACGGAAAUUAUUUGGACGAUUAAUGGGAAAGACGUUCGAGAAAAAGCGAAUUGUAAAAUCGAAAAAGAUGGCAACGUCAGCAUCUUGAGAAUACGUGACACAUCAUCGCGCGACACGGGAGAGAUUCGAUGCACAGCCUCCGUGAACGGAAAGGGUCCGUCCAUCAGUUGUAGUGCCAAAUUGCGACUGCAACAUUCGCUAUACGAUCUCGACGAUUCUGUGAAAAGUCUUAAAGAUAUUCAAUUACCGGAAAAAGUCGAGUUAAAAUAUCGGCGACGAUGUGAAGAAUCGCCAACACGUAUCAGAUCAUCUUCAUUUCCUCGUCAAACUGCAUCGUGUACUAAACAUGUUUCUCCUUUGCUAGCAAGGAAACGCAUUUCCAAUAAUGCUAGUGUUGCAAAAUCACAAUUUAGAAAUGAUCUAUCAGCGCACAAAAUUGCAGAGAAAUAUUUAGAUAAUAAUGUGGAAUUUUCGAACGAUCGAUCAUUAUCGUCAUCAAACGAGACAGCUAUAACUGAUACUUCCGCAAGAUUGUUAUGGCCAAGAAAAGAAGAACACCGUCAGAAUACAAAUGUCAUAUUGAAUGAAGAACACGCAGAAUCGUGUCUAAAAGAGUUGAUAAAAGCUACGAUAAUCAAAGAACCAACUGACGUCACCGUGUUCAAAGAAAACAGGGUAGCACUUAGAGUCACUUAUCAAGGAUUUCCCGAACCGACGGUCAAGUGGCUUCAAGUGAAUCAAGAACUGCGGCCGAAUGAAAAGACUAAAAUAACCAGCGGAAAUGGUGUAUCCUGCCUGAUCCUGGACGAUGUGACGUAUGAUCACGCUGGAAAAUACGAGGUUUCCGUGGAAAAUUCACUGGGUAAAGAACGAAAGUUCUUCAGCUUAGCCGUAGAAGGCCCGCCCGAGCCGAUUACGGAUAAGCCGAGCGUGAACCUCAGCGCUGGUCAGGCCACGAUCGUCUGGCGAUCACCUCCUUACGACGGAGGUCGUACGGUGAUCGGAUAUACCGUGGAAGCAAAGCGCGCCGGUGAAAGCACGUGGACGGUAAUCGCCGAGUCUUGUCACUCGUUGAGUCAUACGGUACCUACAGCUAAAACAAAUUCCGUCACACCGGGUGAGAGCUAUCGUUUUCGCGUUCGGGCUGAGAAUAUCCACGGACUCAGUGAUCCUGGGAUGGAGUCGGAGCCAGUCAGGAUUCCGAAGCAAGGAGAAGCGAUGUUCCAGGAGGAAGAAGAAGACGAAUUCGAGUCGAGUUUCGAAGCUCGCGUAGUGGAGCCGGAAGAUGGAAAACUUUUCGGCGAAAGAUACGACAUUCUCGAAGAGCUGGGAAAGGGCCGAUACGGCAUAGUUAAAAAGGUCAUCGAACGAACGACAGGCAUGAACUUUGCUGCCAAAUUUGUUAGAACGAUCAAAGCGAAAGAUCGCGAGCAAGUGCGCGAAGAAGUCAGCAUUAUGAACGCGUUAAGGCAUCCUAAACUUUUGUUGCUAGCUGCCGCUUACGAAAAUCCUCGCGAAACCGUGUUGAUCACGGAAUAUAUUUCAGGUGGAGAACUGUUCGAAAGAGUGGUAGCUGACGACUUUACUUUAACCGAGAGAGACAGUAUUCUCUUUAUGAGACAAAUUUGUCAAGGAGUCGAAUAUAUGCACGAGAACAACAUCGUGCAUUUGGAUUUAAAGCCGGAAAAUAUAAUGUGUUGUACGCGAACUUCUCAUCAAAUUAAACUGAUUGAUUUUGGAUUGGCUCAAACUUUAAAAUUGGACACACCGGUCAGAGUUCUUUUCGGCACACCGGAAUUUAUUCCUCCGGAAAUCAUAAGUUACGAACCCAUCGGCACUGAAUCAGAUAUGUGGAGCGUUGGCGUAAUUUGCUAUGUUCUACUAACCGGUUUAUCGCCAUUCAUGGGAGAUAAUGAUGCCGAGACCUUUGCUAAUAUUACACGAGCGGACUAUGAUUUAGAAGAUGAAGCUUUCGACGCCAUUUCGGAUAACGCUAAGAGCUUUAUUAGCGGCUUACUUAUCAAACGGAAAGAAACGCGCAUGUCGGCUACACAAUGUUUAGAACAUCCGUGGAUGGCACAGCAGACUGCGGCGAUGAGUAGAGUAGCUCUGCCGACGGAAAAGUUAAAGAAAUUCAUCAUACGACGGAAAUGGCAGAAAACAGGAAAUGCCAUUCGUGCAUUGGGAAGAAUGACGAUUCUCUCGGCAAAUAGUAGACGUAGUCCCACGACAACGGCGGAAUCUUCACCUACGCUUGAACAACAGUUUGAUAGCAUUGAGCUGCAAUAUUCUGAUAAGAUCAAAUCAGUUCACAUUAAUGCCGACGCAGCAGAUGCCGAAGAUGCAGAACAUGUCGAGACGAGCGCGGAAGAAAACUCUGCCGAAGCGGAAUCACGGGCACGUUCGCACUCCACAUGUGUGACAGAAGUGAACUUAAAGAUAUUAAAGACACCGACGGAGGAAGAAGGCAAUUUGAAUGGUUUUUCAAAACAAAUCGAAACAGAAAUGCCUAAAUUAGAUACCGAGUUAAUUUCGAAGGCGGAAAAUAUUUCACAAAGAGUCACAGCACAUCUAGAGAUUUUGAUGUCAAACAAUAAUAAAGCAAAGAACAAAGAAUCGAUAGAAAAAUCUUUCGAAGUAGAACAACACACGAUCUCAAAGUCGCAGGCAUUGCGCAGAGUAUUCCGAGGCGAUUCACGCGAUUCCGGAAUAGGCGAUUGCAGCUCGAAUCAGGUGACUUCUUCGUUGCAAGUGGACGAACUUGGAAUAGUAUCCACCAUCGAAGAAGAAGCAGAUCACGAACUUCGAGAAGGUAAACGAGUGUUGAAAACAGAAGGAAAUCGGCGAAGUUUAACGGCGGGGAUCUUAACGGGUUUAACGCGAGACAAGGAAACUCUUUCGUACAGAACCGGAAGCAUUACGGACGACAGCAAGGUAGCUACAAAGAGUGAUGUGACUAAAGCUUCGUGUGAAACUAAUCCUGUGCGAAAAGUUGCCAACGAGAGUUCGGACUCAAGGAUAUUAAGCGGACGUAGCCACAAUAAAUUUCCCUCAACCGGAAAUGUGAGUCGUACGGCCAGGAUGUUCGAAAGGGAAAGUGAAACAUCAAAAUCGGACAAUUCGCAGAUUCCCGCGGCGCAGCGUGCGUAUUCUGCAGCUAUUGUCACUGAAAAGUCGCACAACGAGAGAAUACAGAAAGCUUUCGCAUUCUGGAAUAAGUAAAGACGUCUUUUGAAAUACACGUCAAAAUGCAAAUACAGGAAGAAAAUGCAAUGUAUUUAAAAUACACGGCAGAAUCGAAGUAGAUUGAUCUUCGUAUCAUUUUCAAACGAAAUAGAAAUACAUUGUUUGUGAGAAGUCACGAAUAUGUAGAAAGAUUGUUCUUUAUGCAAAUAUACAUAUAGGGGCGUGAUGUGCAAUUCGUUGAAUAUAGUUGAAAUCAUAAUACUUGCUCGUUCCUAACAUUUAAAACACGCAAAUUAUUUUUACCUCUUGUAUUAAUUAUAGAUCGUACCAAUACUAAAGGGACACGCACUUGUUAGAAUGAGCGAUCAUUCCCAUAGAGAAUUUAUGCAAAGAACAAUUUGUAAUUUUUGUCGCUCGCGUCGCAGAGUCCGCGGAGAAAUCCGGCUCUCAGAAUCUUUGUAUCACAAUUUGCUUCUUAAUCUGUUUUUUUUUUUAAUUUAUUUAUUUAAACGCUAUUUGUAACUGCACCAACAAGUUAAAAAAAUCACGUUUGUUGUACUGAAAAUAUAUAAGUUUCUCCAAUGUAAUUUCUGUAAUUAGUGCUAUAUAAUCGGCACUUUUAUUAAAUACCUUACCUUACGUUACGAGAUGCGAUUUUUGACAAAUGUGUACAUAAUUGAAAAUAUAAUAUUUCAUGAACAAAUAACGAUAUUGUAUUUAGUAUUAUACUCUACUGGAUACAUAAGUGCAAUUGAAUUUGAAAUUAUUAUUUGCAAAACAUUUCCCCGCAGUUGUACUGUAAAGAUAAAACGGGCAACAUCUGUAUUAUAAAUUAUUUACAUAGAAAAAUAAAGAACAUAUCUAUA